AUGCAGCACCGACUACCAAGCAUGACGAAUCAUGUCUCGCUUGUUACGAGGUUCGCCCUUGACCACAAGCCCCAGCUCACAAGGGCCAGCAAGCCCAAAGUUCGCACUGGGUGUAUCACCUGCAGACACCGCCGCGUCAAGUGCGACGAAGGCAGGCCGGCCUGCUCAGCCUGUCUCAAGUAUCAAGGCCAUUGCGGGGGAUACAAAAGCAAUGCAACACAGAAACCUUCACGUUCAGAUCAACUUCGACCAAUAUUGCCGAGAUUGGCUGGCAGGAAGGCCGACAACGGCUUUCUCUUAGAGCCAAACUACACGUCUCUCGUGUUCGCCGAUCAGCUGGAAAAGGACCACUUCGACUACUGGCUCGCCUUCACUGGAACCACGGUGCUCUUUCAGUCUGACCUGCUCACACAAGUUAUCCCUCAACUGUCCUGGAAAGAUCCUGCGAUAAAACACGCUGCCCUCGCGAUCGGCGCGUCGGCCCUCGGCGGGAGCACGAGAACGGAGCGAAUGCUUGGCAAAGGGAGGUUCACUUCAGACUCGCUCGUGCACUAUGGCAAGGCUCUGAAUCUCUUAUACACAUCACCUAUGUCGCCUGAGAGAACUUUGCUGGCAUGUCUCCUAUUCAUCACCUUCGAGAGCCUCCGGGGGAACAAGGCAGCCGGGCUGAGCCACAUUAACCACGGCUCUCGAAUCCUGGAGCAGUACAACCCCCAGGAUGUCGAUCCGAGCCCCUUGCUUGACGAGGUCAUGACCAGCUUCCAGCAUUUUGGCCUCCAAUCUUGGAGUCACGGCGGCACUCACCCCAAAGAGACGGACAGUCGGGUGCCGUGGUGCUGCCGUGGACGAAGGACGCGAUAUGCCGUCCAGGAGAUGCCCUCGGCCUUUGCGAAUCUGGAGACGGCUCGCCGAUGGUGGAAUAUUGUCCGACAUCACCUCGAGCACCACGCGCCACUACACACCGGGUUUCGGGUUGAAGGGUCAUCCGCCACAACAGUCCAGCGACCGCCACCGGAUUACGCCUCACCUGAGUCUCAGCAGCAUAUUCGGAGCUUCGCCCGCUUUCUCGACGCCUGGAACCUGGCGUUCCAGCCGCUUGCCAUCAAAGCAGAGUCCGGCAGAGCCACGGAUAUCGCAGGCUAUCUCAAGGCGCUCAGUCUGAGGAUUCACUAUCUGCAUAUGUGGAGCGGAAUACGCACCGCGGGGUGGACAGAUGUGGAGGACAUCGGUCGCGUCACGCCGGUUUUCCGCGACAUAGUCGCUCUCAGCCGAGAGUUCUUGUCGGCGCAGGGCGCCCGGCAGCUCCUCGCGCCAAACGGGGAGAUGUUCACAUUGGAAGACAGCCCGACGUGGCCCCUCGGGUCCGCAUUUCUCAUGUGCGCGGUGCGUGAAGUGAAGGACGAGGUGAUCAGGCUGUUCAAAGAGUACCCCCGACGUGACGGCCUCUGGGAUACGCACGGAUUCCUGGUUAUGAUGGAGUGGCUGAACGGGAUGACAUCCGCUGGUUAUGCCGUCGACGAGCGGCGUCACGUCGCCGAAUGCGACGUCGUCUUCCGCGAGCACUCGGUCAUGCUGCAAAAGAAGCUGUGGGACCCUGCAGCGUCGAAGUGGAUAUAUAGCGGCGCAAGUUUCAGUAUUCUUUGA